CCAGUCAUGUAGAGGCAGUAAGUGGUCAACAGCAACAUGUCUGACCUGUGGCUGAAGCUCCUGCCAGCCCAGCACGAGUGAAUUAAGCCCCAAAAAACCCUCAACAAACCCUAGUCCCGCCAUGACAUAGUGCCCGGAAGCUGAACGGGACAUUUUGAAGCCCUACCUUUUUUUUUAGGCCUAAGUUCGAGUGAGAAAUGGAAAGCCUAACCUUCACUGACAACGAGACGAAAUAUUAUGGGGAUUUAUUUAGUCAUCUGGACUGUGAAGGCUCGGGGGUCAUUCCUAUCAACCAAGUCCACGAGUUCCUAAGGGCUUCCAAGCUGUCCCCGGAAGUGCUUGCCCAGAUUGGCCAGCUGUGUGGGGGAGUGGGCCAGGGUUGGUACGGGAGACGGGAGUUGUUUGUGGCCCUCAAGUUCGUGGCAGCGGCCCAGCGAGGACUGCCAGUGAGGGCCGAGUCUCUCUUCCUGGGUGUUGACUUGCCCCUGCCUCGCCUGCACACUAAUAACAACACUCACUAUGAGAACAAUGUUGCCUUCACCAACAAGGACAACUGCACCUCGAGUCCUGACCUAAUCCAACUCAGCGAUUCAGAUUGUAACACUUCGCAGCAGAUGGUUGAUGGUGGGUACCGGAUGAUGGAGAGUGAAGAUGGGGAGGGCGGGGAUGAGAGGAUGAGUGACCCCUCUGGCAGGAUGGUCUCUCACUCCACCUCUGUGUCCUCACCUGCCUCAGACUCACCCACACCCACCAACAGUGUGCACGAAAAGACCUGGAACCAGACGCACACACACUGGCAUGGAUUGAUAAACGAUGAGCACCGUCAACUACUGGGAACAGAGGAGGACUCAUCCGAGGGGCGUUCAUCAGGGGAGGAGGAGUACAAUGUGUGGAGCAUCACCGAGGAACAGCGUCACUAUUACACGGAACAGUUUCGCUCCAUGCAGCCGGACCUCACUGCUCUCCUGUCCGGCAGUGUGGCCAAGGAGUUCUUUGAGAAGUCUAAACUGCCGGUGAAUGAGCUGAGUAAGAUCUGGCAACUUUCUGACGUGACGCGGGAUGGCUCUCUGUCACUGCAGGAGUUCUUCACCGCCAUGCAUCUCGUGGUACUGCGACGGAACAACAUUGAGCUGCCCGAGACACUGCCACCCUCACUCUACCCUGAGCUGCUGAGGAAAAGCAGCAGCAGCGGUGUGGAGGGCGGCAACUCUGGCGCCUCCGGGAACUCCUCUGUGGGGCCUGGAGGGGGAGCAGUGACGGAGGGGGAGGCGGGGGGGACCAAAGCAACCCCAGACCCCCUCUCACCCUCCAGGAACAAAGAGUGGACUAAGUUUGUGGACUCCCCGACCAGCACACUCUCCUCGCCGGGACUGAAGCCUGUCAACUUCGACUUCCAGAAAUCAGUGUUGGAACAGGAUCCCAAAAUCCUUCACCCCAAGGCUGUGCGACUCACCCCAGAGUCAAAAAGGCUUGAGGUGGCAGACGUGGAGGGCCCAGCAUCCUUCAGCCCUGAGUCAGCCAUCACCUCUGACCUCACCUCCAGCGCCCCGGCCCCUGCCUCGGGAGACCUGCAACCUGCCCCCUCCACUGCCCCGACCGGCCCUGCAGCGUCCCAGGGCAGCCCCAAGAAGACACAGGAGGGGCAGGACAUCAAGCCCAUACAGAGACCGCUGCCCAGGAAACCCACCGCAGGUUCCACAACAGGAGUGCUACCACCUCCCCCCCAGUCUGCUGUUACCACCCCUCCCGAUGACACAGGGAUGUUUGGCCCCAUCAGCCUGCCCAGCCUGCCCUCAGGACCCCUACCAGCUGGCACAAAGAAGGAAGCACCCCCACCACCCCCACCUCGCCCUGCCCGCACCCACACCCGCUCCUCCUCCCUCGACCUCAAUAAAUUUAGUCGGAGCAGUUUCCUUGGUGCCCCUCCUGCCGUGCCUCCCCGGGCCUCUCCUGGAGCUACAUCCCCCAAGAAGCUGAUCUACCAGAGGAGUGACGGGGACAUUGGAGUGGACGGGGGUGGGGGCGGGGAUGCCAUCUUCCCCCUCGACACCAGGCCACCAAUGGAGCGAGCCAGAACAUCAGCCUUUGAGGUGUACAGGAAGCCACAUCAAGAGUUUGGUUCAGCGUUUGAGCGAGUGAGUGGCCAGCGGGGCGGGGAGGAGGAGGAGAGAUCCCGGCACCUGUCCACUGGAGCGAGACCCAAGGACAAGCGAGAACUCCAAGCCUCCAUUAGGACCACCACAGAGAAGAACACAAUCCUCACCAGGUUAAACUCUGAACUCAAUCAGGAGCUGGCUGAAGUGAUGGAGGAAAGAAUUGCAUUGGAGAUGCAGUUGGAACAGAUGAAGCCCUUCUCGAGUUAGUCCCUAUCUGUGCCAAGCUAUCCAGGGCCUCGUCUUGUCCAGUGAAAGCCUCUCCUCCCUCGCUCUCCUGUGGUACGGCUGAGGGAGAAAGGCAGGUGGAAGGAUGGAAGGAAAGUAGUGGUGGUGAUUGUGGUGCAGUUGUUCAGUCUUUUUCCUCCUCUGACUUGUAUCCUCCUUUUGUUUUUGAAGUCUUGUUUUUGUUUUGUUCCUAAGGUAUCACUGCAGCUCCACGUUUUCUUUGCGUGGUGUUGGCUUUAUGAACUGGUUUUGUUUUCAUCCUCAUCAGUUUUGGUUCAUCUUUUGUUAUUAUCUCAGUUCUCUCUCUUGUUUUUUCUCACACAUUGUUCAUUAUGUUAUUGAACCAUUUCUCUUCAAGCACACUGACAUUAAGUCCUUGUGCUGCUAUCGCCUCCCACUUCUCCAUGGUGUUUUCUUACAUUCCAUCAUCUUCACAUCACUUUAAUCUUUCCUAUUAAGUUUCUGUUGGUGGCAUUUCACUCCCAAUCAGUUUUUUCAUACAUUUUAUUUUAUUUACUUAUUGACUCAAUAUCACGGGCAUUUCAGUGCAUAUUUGACAUUUUAUUAUUUUCUGUGACAUUCAAUUUCCUCGGCAUCCUAUUUUCCUUCUUUCCGAACCAUUCAUGUCGGACACACAGCACAUCAUUAUGCAAAGGAAGAAUGACUUUGUACAUAGCCCAGUGCUUAAGGAGCAGGGCCAUUACCCCUGUACAGACUGCUGGGCAUUGCAUGGUGCCCACAGUAGCUGCUGCCUGACGGAAGCAGGUGAGGAUGGCCAUGCUAUCCUUCUCUGGUGUUUGAGAUCUCAGAGACUUGCUGAUGGACAAUUUUCUGUGAUUACAAAGUCUUGAACAUGUUGUGGAAACCUUUACCAGUGUUGUAGAAGUGAGGAAAGUUUUGUGCUUGGUGCAGAUGCUACUGGGAGUACAAACUUGAGAGUGUGCUAGACUGAGGCUCAGAAAUACUGCAGUUUAAAGAUGGAGCAUUGGCUGAAGUGCUCACAGAUGUCUAGAGGAGGAGUCAGAGUGUGAGUGCAGUAUGUGUCAAGUUUUGUAGAGUGGCUUGCCAGACUCAGAUGAUUUAUGGUGGCUUUUGAUAAUGGCUUUACAGAAUCUGGGCAUUAUCCUAUUGCUCCUAAACAAUUCACAAAAACUAUACCAUAUUGGUACAUGGAUCACCUGAAGGAGUUUGAUGCUUUGUGAAAAAGGUUUGCAUCAGUGUGUGUGUGCGUGUGUGUAAUAGAAAAUGUGUCCUUUGGAAAUUAGAGCAUUGACUUGUUUGGUGGGAAUGCAGAGGUUGGUGUUCUGAGUGCGACUUGAGGCUGUUCUUGUGGGAGAUGUUUGCCCCUCGUGCGUUGACAUUAUAACUGACUUCCACUAUCACUCUUGUUACAGUUAGUGUUUUAUGCUGUAUAUUUAGGGAAUUAUUGUAGGGUGUGAUGGUGAUUCGUUAUUUUGUGAGGAGAUGAUUGUAAGAGAAUAUUGAGUCUGUUGAGUUGAGAAAUGAUCAGAGUUUAUUGUUGAUUUAGUAAGGAGAUAGCAGUGGUAAUAUAUGUUGUUAGUUAAAAGACUGCUGGGAAAAUAUGUAAGAGAAAAACAGCUUACGAAUACAUGUAAUACUGGUGAUAUGUACCCUUUAAGAAUUACUGAAUGAAAUCUCAUCUGAAAUCAUACUUUUAGAAAUGAGCGUUCAUGAAUGUCAUGCAGAAAAUUGUGUACAAAUGAAUGGUAAUGAGAAAGAAAAGUAAAUUAGUUGGUUUUAAAUAAAGGAUAGAGAUCAGUAAUUGAUCAGCAUAUGGAAGGCAAAGAAGACCAAGAGAGAUUUGAAGAUGUAGACUGUCUGUCAUGAGCAAAUCUCACUUAUUGUAGGCAUAGUAAGUAGUAGUUGUAGCAAAAUGAAUGUGAAUUUUUUUAA